AUGGAAGCCAACUCCCCCCUGGGCUUCAGCUCCGCGCCCGCAGCCUCAGGACCCAAAGCGGCCUCGGGGGACGGCCCCUUCGGCCCCGGCUCCGCGCUCGGCUUCUCCCCACAAGGGAAAAGUCUCAACGGGCCCCUGGGCCUCAACGGCUUCCCCACCGCCUCUCACCCCAGCGCUUCGGGCCCCUUGGCCCCCAGCUCCCCGCCCGCGGCCGCGCAGCCCCUGCGCUCCUGCGACUGCCUCUGGGGCUUCACCUCCUGCGCCGGCCCCAGGGACGGGCGCCCCUCGCCCCCCCCCCCGCCGCCGCUCUUCGCCCUCAACGGCACCGAGCCCCCGGGCCCCGGCGCCAACCCCCGCGGCCCGGAGCUGUGGGGCAGCGGCGGCGCCGGCCCCAUGGGGCUGGGCUUGGACUCGCAGGAGCUCUACGGCGCCUUCCACGAGCAGGGCUUCGAGCUGGUGCCCAACGGGGCCGCCGGGUUCUAUGGGGCCGCGCAGCCCUUCCCGGAGGAGCCGGGCGCCGGUGAUGGAGGCGGCGAGGCCGCAGGCAAGGGCAUCCCGGUGGAGAACGGCGCCGGGCUCGUGGGCAGCGUGGAGCUGGAGGAGGCGCAGCCGGAGCUCAAGAUGUGCGGCUACAACGGGGCUGCCCCCGGAGCGGGGGGGCCGGGGCUGGGGGCUGCGUCCCCCCUCGCCCCCCGCCUGGACGAUGCCCCCAUCCUCAGUGAGGACCCCCUGGAGCCCUUCGGGGCGCUGGGCGCAGAUGCGGCCGGGCCCGCGGGUCUCUACUCCAUGGACGAUGCUGAGCUCGGGGGUCACAAAUCCCCCCUUGGGGACCCCCCGGACCCCGACCUGCACCAGGGCCCCUUCAGCCUCCUGCCCCCCCCGCUGCUCACCGGGCCCGGCUCCCCCCCGCUGCACGAGAGCAGCGUGGAGCUGAACAGCAGCAGCCACGUGGGGCUGCAGGAGCCGGGGUCCCUGGAGCUGGACCCCACAAUGGGGACCCCCGAGUCCCCGGCCCCAUCCGAGGAGGAGGAGGAGGAGGAGGAGGAGGAGGAAGCCGCCGGCACCAGCCCCGAGGCUCCAUCAGCACCGGGGGCUGCAGCGCUGAGCUCAGCACCGGGGGAUGCCCCACGGCGCCGCAUCGCCACGCAGGAGGAGGUGCGCUUCCCGCUGCAGCACGGGUGGAGGCGGGAGGUGCGCAUCAAGAGGGGGAACCACCGGUGGCAGGGGGAGACCUGGUACUAUGGGCCCUGUGGGAAGAGGAUGAAGCAGUUCCCGGAGGUCAUCAAGUACCUGAGCAGGAACCAGGGGGCCCAGGGCCCCGACGUGCGCCGGGAGCACUUCAGCUUCAGCCCCCGCAUGCCCGUGGGGGACUUCUAUGAGGAGAGGGAGACAGCGGAGGGCCUGCAGUGGGUGCAGCUCAGCCCCGAGGAGAUCCCCUCCCGCAUCCAGGCCAUCACCGGCAAGCGGGGGCGGCCCCGCAACGCCGAGAGGCCCAAGGGCAAGGAGGGCCCGGGGGGGGCCCCGGGGGGGGCAGCGCCGGGGGGGGGCAAACGGGGCCGGGGCCGCCCCCCCAAGGCGCGGCUGCUGGAGCUGCUGAGCAAGGCGGACGCGCGGCUGCUCAAGAGGCUCGAGGGGCAAGAGGCGCUGAGCGAGGAGGACAAGGCCAGGAUGAACAAGAUCAAGAAGAAGAUGAGGAGGAAGGCCAGGAGCCAGCAGCAGGCAGACCCCAAACCCCCCCGGGUGAAGGAGCCCAAGCGGCGCUGCAAGGCCAAGGCCAAGAGGGGCAAAGCCGAGAAGGGGAAGGAGAAAACCAGGGGCAAGGAGCGGAGGGGCCGGGGGGCCCCCAAGGGGCGCCGGGAGCAGCGGCUCCGGAUGGAGGAGAUGAGGAAACCAACGGAGGAUCUGUGCUUGGGGGACCACCAGCCGCUGCCGCCGCUGUCGCGCAUCCCCGGGCUGGUGCUGCCGGGCGCUGCGGUGUCCCGGUGCCUGGCGGUGCUGGAGUUCCUGCGCGGGUACGGGCGGGUGCUGGGGCUGGAGCCGGGCCGGGACGUGCCCAGCCUGAGCGCGCUGCAGGAGGGGCUGCUGGGGCUGGGGGACAGCGCGGGGAGGCUCCAGGACCUGCUCGUGAGGCUGCUGCGGGCGGCGCUGGGGGACCCCGGCCUCCCCCACUGCUGCCAGUCCCUCAGGAUCCUGGGGGAGAAGGUGCCCGAGAUCCGGCUCAGCCGCGACACCGUCUCCGAGGUCCUGCGCUGCUUCCUGGCGGCGCGGGGGGCGCCCGAGGGGCUCUGGGGGGGGCUCCGCACCAAACCCUUCCAGGCGCUGCCCCCCGGCACCAAGGCCUCCAUCCUGGCCUUCCUGGUGGACGAGCUCAACGGGAGCGCCCGCAUCAUCAGUGAGAUCGACAAGAGCCUGGAGAGCAUGGCCGGGUACCGCAGGAACAAGUGGGUCAUCGAGGGGCGGCUGCGCAGGCUCAGGGUGGCCCUGGCCAAGCGGAGCGGGCGCCCCGAGUCCGAGCUCCCCCCGCUGGAGGCCGCGCGGCGCCGGCGCAGCUCCCGCCUGAGCGAGGGCCCGGGGCUGGAGCCCGACGGGGAGGACGAGGAGGAGGAGACCCGGGGGCGGCGCUGGCGCAGGGAGGAGGAGCUCGACACCUCCACAUCCAGCAUCCCCGAGCUGGAGCGGCAGAUCGAGAAGCUGGCCAAGAGGCAGAUGUUCUUCCGCAAGAAGCUGCUCCAUUCCUCGCAGAUGCUGCGCGCGGCAUCGCUGGGGCAGGACCGGUACCGGCGCCGCUACUGGGUCCUGCCCCACCUGGGGGGCAUCUUCGUGGAGGGCGCGGAGGAGCCGGAGCCCCCGGAGCAGAAGCCGCCCGCGGUAAAGCCGGAACCGGAACCAGACCCGGAGCCGGUGCCGGUGCCCGUGGCCCCCCGGGUGCCCCCCCCGGUUUCCCG